CGAAAUAAUAUUUUAACGUUGACUUGUUUAGCAUCCAUUGCGACAGCGGAGUCAGUCGUGAACACCGGUAACAGCGAAGACUCUCCAAUAAACGUCAGGGAAGAGUUCGCUAAAAUUUUUAAAUCAUGUUAUCACAUUAGAAUCGCUGCGAAAACAAAUAAGCGUAAUAAACAGCACGGUAAAGUGAUCAAAGACAUUUUAUCGAGGAUGAACAUAUUGUACAAUGGCAUAAUCGAAAGAAUCACGAAAGAUGCAAAAACAGAUGAGAUUGCGACUCUUGCGCAAGCUUAUCUGUAUCUGUUUGAUAUACGUAUUGCUGAAACGGAUAAUAAGGAAACAACGUUUGCCGAAGAUGCUAUUACGAAGUGUAUAGAGUUGCUGAAAGGAAGAGAGCCCGAUCAGAAAUUUAUUUUAACAGCACUAAGCGCGUAUUCGUCCUUGGGCAUUUUGUAUCAUAAGCAAAACAAUGAGGAAUUAUCGCUAUCAGCUUUCAAUGAAGCGUUCCAAUUCUACUUGGCCUACACUGACGAAGGAGAAACGUAUCCUGCACCUUUCUACAUCGCGCCGCAUUUUGGCCUCAAACGUUUAGACCCGAUAGAUUUACUGGAAAAAAGAGGUGCAUUAGUUAUGGAUGCUUUGUUGAAGGGGCAUGCAAGUUUAGGUACGCAUGUAGCAACGAAUCGGGUGUACACUGAUAAAAUUGCAAGGUGUCAGCAUAAGUUAUUGAGUAAAAGAUUUGAUAGUCUAUCGCCAACUGCAGAUUGUGCAACAUGGACUCUGAUGGUAGAGUCUUUAUCCGAAUACUUCAUAACGCACAAUCGUUUUACUGAGGCUAGAGAUCAUCUUGCUGCUGCGUCAUUCAUGAUGAAGAAAUUUUAUGAGAAUCAGUACGUAACAACGGACGGACGAAAGAAUCCUACUGAGAAGAGAUCGAUAGAUCAGCAGUAUCAACAAGCAUCUGCUGAUAUUGCUAAAUAUUGGACAAAAUAUGGAAUACAACUUUUACGUUCGUCACAAGAAAGAAUUUUGCAUGGUACAGCGAAAGAACUUUGCGAGGUGUGUAAUUCAACAUCGUUAUUUCCAGCAAAAUCCAAGGAGGAAUCUAAUAAAUUGUUAAUAUUUGAUAACGUAAGGGAAAAUCUGAAAGAAUUCACUGCCACGAUCACAGAUAGCUACUUAUUGAGUUAUACUGACGCUAGUAUACUUUUUGAGACUGUUAUGAAGUAUCUUGAUGAGGAAAAAGCAUACUAUACUUUUGAGAAAUCUCCAAUGACGUAUUUGUCGAUUAUAUUAAAUAUUUCGCGAGUGCAUAAGCUCUUCGCGUGCUAUGUAAGCGGAACUAAUAAAUUGGAAUCGUAUAAACAACGUUUACAGAUUUUAUUAACUACUUUAAAGAAAAUACAUCCUAAUGGUGAUUUUAACAUCUGGCCGGUGGUUAUUGAAACAGUCAUUUGUACUAAUGAUGUGUUCGAUGUAAUGUACGAAUCUUCACGAUUGCAAUUUGAUCCAUCGAAGGAAUCGGGACAGUCGACUGAUGAACCAGCCGAUAAAUCAAACAGUGAAAUGCUAACUAUACUGUCCGAAGUGUUAAAGAGCAUCAUAAUAUUAAGGAGUAAUUUAUAUGCUUCCAAAUAGACACCUUACCGACACAUGUGAACGUCUCGGAUAACAUAAA